GAACCCAUAAAAUUUAUCACUGUUUAUAAUCUCCCUGAGAGGGAGUAAUAUCACAGGUAUUGAAACUGGAAACAAUGAUUAAAUGGAGAAAUUAAAAUGUCAGAAUCUCUGGAUUUUAUGGGGCUUGAUUACAGGGUUGGCUUUGGCCAAGGCAUCCCGGGCUUGAUCCUUGAAGUCAAAGGUACAGUCAUGCACCUCAGGGUACCUAUGGGACCCACAGUACGUAUAGCCACACUUGCAGUUGAACCCCAGCAGCCCCACCUUUUUGUUGCAACUCCAACACCUGCCGGACGCGCGCGGGGCCGGCGGCGGCGACGCCUCCUUGCCGGCCGACCCAUCGGGAGCCGGACGGGUUUUGAUCCUGAGAUUGGUCAUAGGCACUAUCAGAGCUUUCUCUUCCAUCAUCUUGCACAUGUCCUUGUAGCACUUGGAGCACAGCCCCUUGGUUGCCGCCGUUCCAAAGAAACCGCAGCCGUUCUGACAAAGAGACGGCGGGGGCGGAGAUAUGGUCCCCAACUCCGUCUCGUUUCCUACUUCCGAUGUUCCCAUAUUAUUUUAUCGGUUUUUUCUUGGUCUGUAAAUUAAAGAAAACAAAUCAAUGGCAAUGGACACAUUUGUGGUGAGGUAUAUAUAUAUAUAUAUAUAUAUAUA